AGUCAGCUGAUUAAGUAAACAUGUCUGCUGUGCCAAGUUUGUCAAAAGUCGAUGGCAUGUCACAGCUUUUCAUUCUAAAUAGUUUAUUAGAACAAUGAAUUCUGUUUUUAAAUAUGAAUAAUUUGAACAGUUUACAAUUACAGCACUAUUUACAUAGUUUUUCCUGUCUAGUGAACCAUGAUCUGAUUGUAUUAAUUGAGUGAUCGUUCAUUGUGACAUUAUGGUGAUGACUCAGUGUCAGUGUAAUUACAAUUUGUUAUAAAUAUUUCCGUUCAACUAAUUAGGCUAAACAUGGUAGUGUUUGAGCCAGAUGAGAAUAGGAUGAUUCCGACUGCAAGUUCGUUGGCAGAGCCCAAUGUAACUCAGCCGUUCUCACCAGUCGAAGAAGAGUUGUUUUGUAAACUCAUCUUGUACAUUGAAAUACCCAAUACAAGGAUUCGAGCAUGGGACGUUAUCAUCCUGGUUCCGAAUCUCCUUUUCCUGUUGUUUCUGGCUUUUCGAUUCAAUCGAGCCAGACUCAAACUGCGAGCCACAAGCAGUCCAAUAUUUUUUGCGUUCUAUGGAUUGGUGCUAGUGAACGUUACAAUCAGCGUCGUCCGCUGUUUGGUCUCUAUGAGCGUCAACGCAGCGGCCAUUGUCGGAGGUUAUGUUGACACAUUCCUCUGGAUCACAGUCAGGUUCUUCUUACUCUCUACAGAGAUGAGUGUUGUCAUAUUCGGCCUAGCCUUUGGCCACCUUGACAGCCGUAGCAGUAUACGCUACGUUCUGUUAGCAACCUCACUACUCUCGUUGGCGUUCUCCAUCAGUCAAGGGGCGCUGGAGGUGUUUGCACCUGACGAGAGUUUCAGGAUACAUUCCAAAGACUUUAACAUCUUCGGCCACGGAGGCAUGCUGUUUUGGUUCUCCAGUUCUGUAGUCUUUUCAUUGAUAUACAUUGUUAUUUUGAUACUUCCUUGGACAAGACUUAGAGAAAGGUUAAACCUUCCUACCAAGAAGUCUUUCUACCUGUACAUCCUGUUCCUUGCGCUCCUCAACAUUGCACAGUCCGCUGGUAGUGGGAUGUUGUUCUACGGAGUGCGAGAGGGGCUCUGUGUGGUGGACAUCACCACUUGCGUAUACUUCACGUUGUUCACACCCCUCGUCUAUCAUACGUUCCUUAGCGAGUUCUUUGGAGUGUCCCAGCCGAGUAUAAUGUUCUCGUACAAGGCACAAGUAGAUGACAACAUGGAGGACGACACAGUGUCACUUCCACAUCAGCAAUCAUUCUCUUCUCUCAAGACCGAUUCAGACUACAUUUAUCAGAGCAACAGUGUGUAUGACAGUACUCACUUUGACUCUGUCAUGCCAGCUGCUCUCUACAACACUUCUCUACAGAGUCCUGACAGUAUCACUGGGUACAGUCUGGACACUGCUCUCUACAACACUUCUCUACAGAGUCCUGACAGUAUCACUGGGUACAGUCUGGACAGUCAGACUAUACACCUGAUGUCCUGA